AUCCAGACAUGUUGCUUUUACAAAUGUAUAAAAAUGGCAUCAAUGACAGCAGAUACGUUCUCUAAUUAUAGCAAGUCUAAUUAAAUAUUGAUACUUUGUAUUGGAAAUUUUUUUACAGCAAAUUAGGAGCCAAUCUCCCCACCCCAAAAACUGGAAACCAGCCAUUGUUGUCUGACCCGAAGAAACCUAAUUCAGGACUUGAUCGGACUUAGCUUCAUCCCACCUAACUAACAUUUCAAACCUUGUCUCUUCAAACUGCCAAUACAUUCAUGAACCUUGUGAUUUUUGCUGCUUCCUGAGUCGUAACCUUAAGAGAUGUCUGUUUUCUCCCAACACCCAAACCUGUGUUGUCCAGGUCAAUACAUUCUAUGAUCUCUGGUCCGCUUCCUCUUCGUCAGAGAUAUCUCCUUCCCUUGAUGCCAGCCCUCCUUUCGUCGUCCUCUCCUUGGACGACUGUCUGGAGGACAUUUUAAAUCUCUAUUACAAUCUUUACAGCAGUAACAACAAACCUUUUUUUUUUUAUCAUUGCAAUGUCUCAUGUGAUCUUGUCACCCUUUCAACUCUUGGAACUCAAUGUCAUUUCUGCACAAGAUCUCGCCAAGGUCUCACGAAAGAUGAAAACCUAUGCAGUUGCAUGGAUCCACCCUGACCGGAAACUUUCAACAAGAAUCGACUCUGAGGGACGCAACAAUCCCACUUGGAAUGACAAAUUUGUUUUCCGCGUGGAUGACAGGUUCCUCCAUGGUGACACCUCUGCUGUCAUGAUUGAAAUCUACGCCCUGCAUUGGUUCCGUGACAUUCAUGUAGGCACCGUCCGCGUGAUUGUUGGGAACCUGAUUCCCCCGCCUGAUCCCCGCCAUCACAACCAAUUUCAGAUAGGCAUGCGCUUCGUUGCUCUCCAGGUCCGCCGACCGUCAGGACGCCCCCAGGGGAUUCUUAACAUUGGUGUGGCGCUUCUUGAUAGCUCAAUGCGAAGCAUGCCAUUGUAUUCACAACUUAGCUCGGCCGUGGGUUAUCGUCAGCUUAUGGGGGAAGAGGACGUGAAUCAUCAUAAAGAUGCUUCUGAUGUUAGCAGUAGUGGCAUCCGUUCCAAUCCCCUCUUGCUUCCUUGGCCUCCGAAACCUGAAUUAAGACGUACGAAGAGUGAUUCAAGUUCCUUGUUUGGGUCAAUGGUGAUGGAAAAGGAAAAAAUGGUGAUGAAAGGGAAGGGUGCUUCCAUGAUUAGUGGCUCAGAAUCGGAGGAUACGAAGAUGAUGAAUGGAGGGAGAACAAAAGCUCGUUCCAUGGUCAGCGGAUCAGAAUUGGAGAAGAAGAACAAGAAUUGGAGAAAAGAAGCCAGUUACAUGAUAAGUGGCUCAGAGAUUGUCAAGAAAGACCAAAAUAAUAAUUUGGUUCUUAGUGAUUCAGAGCUUAAUGGGGCAUUUGCAAAAGCCUCGUUAAGCUCUGAAGCAUUAACAAACGAAAGAUCUGAUGACAAAUCAACCGAAUUGGAUAACAUUGUGAAACCUUUACCGAAGUUUCCAGGGUUGGAUCUUGCAUCUCCGUACAACAACUUCAGGCAUGCAACUCCGAAAAAGGCAAAUUUAAUAAGUAGGCCAGCUAUAACAGAUUCAGAAUUGGGCCCAUCACCAUCAGAGGUGGCGGCAGUAAUGACAAGAAAGAAAAAUCGUCGAUUCGUAGAGAUAGAGAGUGAGAUAAUGGGAGUAAUGAGCUUGGAUGGAAGCAUGGAGGGUCUUCAAUCUAAACUGGAAAGAUGGAGAGCAGAGCUUCCGCCAGUUUACGAUGCCAGUGAUAUCUCAAGUUUUCCUGCUAGUAGCACUUCUAAAGAAAGCAAAAUUGUUAAACAACACAGCCGCAGGCACAGUGCUGAUGAUGAUGGCACGUUUACUUGCUUCGGUAGAUUUUGUGGUUUGGAGUGUUCAAUUGUAUGUGGUGGCCCUCCCAGGAGGAAAACAGAUGGGAAGAGGAAUCGAAGCUAUUCCAUGGAUAAUUUGAGGUAUAAUGUUUAAAUUUACCUGAUCAGUGACUGAUGGGAUCGUUUAUCUCUGUGAUUCGGAUUAUUCGAUCGGUUAAAGUCGGGAAACUAACAGCCUUUUGCUAUAGUGCGUCAUGAGAAUUAAGGUAUCAUAAGAGUCUGCCCUAUAGCCUCUCUCUAAUUUGAUAUUAUCUAUGUACAAUGGCACAGUUCGGAGAUCAGUUUUAUCAGAUAUGUUGAUGUUGACUGUACGAAGAUCUUGUCACAUUCUACUCCUGAAGUUAACAAUCCUUGCUUUCAGACAUUUUCUUCUGCUGGCCAAGAAUGUUGUCUCUUUACCUUUGCUCUCCGAUUAUUUUCUUUUGAAUCUUGUUAGAUUGAAGAGUUUUUGUUAUCUUCAGUGUUAAUCAAGCAUCACUUUUUAAAUACCAAGAUCAAUUGCCUUAGAA